AUGGCCACCUCAAAGACAACCGAGAUACAGACUGUGCCAAUCGCCGAAACACAAGGAGACGGUUCACCCGUUCGGAGAUCAAUCCGCAUUGCAGGCCUCAACCCUGCUCUCGAAGUGCGUGCACAGCUACAAUCUGUCAAUGGCGUCAAGAUUGAAGCGCGAGUUGUAUAUGAGAAGGCAAGCGGCAGGCAGGUCAAAAAAUAUGCUAUACGAGCUCUGGAUGUAAAGCUCGAUAACUUAUGGCCAGGCAGAAUCAUCAAGGCAGUCGAUAGCUAUCCUAUGGUAGAUCUCGAUAUACACCCAUUCGACCUAACCGUAAACCAAACACGCUCGUGCGGGCCUAUCGGCGCAAAAUGGCGGUACAUGAUCGUGCUCUGGAUGACGAAUAUGGGUCUUGUUGCUAUACCUUUGUUCACGCUCAAAGAGGUACGACUCUCUCAUGAGCGUUGCCAGGAGUUUGUUAGCAUCACUACCGCUGCUAACCUGCAAUGGAGAGGCGCUCCGGGAACCGCGUGGGCUGGUAUGCCCCUUAUGAUGAAGACCAAUGGAGAUCUGGACCUUGGGGACAAAUGUUAUGCCGACCUCGCCCGUCCACACUUUGUGAACAGAUACGAGAAGUUCUUCGACGACGUGGGCCAGAUUGAUGGCGGGGAGUACUGUAAGUUGAUGGACUUGUACGAGAUCAUGGAGCUGGAGCAAAGAGUCGCUGCUUUUGCAAGGUUCGAUGAUGAAGGAAUCGUUCAAGCGUACGAGCCGCAGAACGCUCACGUACCGAAACCCGGAGUGAGACAUAUCAGCGGCAAGACGAAGAAAAUGGCAAACAAGAAAUUCGCCAGGCGGGUUUGA